AUGGGUUUCAAAGAAUUUAUCACGGAAUAUUUUCUUGGCUUCUGGGAUUAUGAGACCCCUAAGGUUAUGGUCGUAAGAAACAGAAAACUUGGAAUUAUAUACAGAGGAGUGCAGUUUCUUGUCAUUACGUAUUUUAUUUGGUAUGUAUUCAUCAGCCAGAAGGCCUAUCAGGACACAGAGACGCGACCUGAGAGUUCAGUCUACACCAUGAUGCGAGGCGUGGCGCUGCAGGGAGAUAACGUCUUGGACAUGGUGGAGUACGUCCACCCCUCAGAGGGUGGGGAUGUGAUCAGCACCAUUCUAAGGCGUGAAGUUACCGAAGACCAGAAGCAAGGCACGUGUGCAGAGUACUUCAAAGUUGCUGGUGCCAACUGCACUUCAGAUUCUGACUGUGUUGCAGGGGAGAUUAACUUUGAUGGUAAUGGACAGCGAACGGGGCGAUGUGUGCCAUACUACAAUCACACCUUCAAGACGUGCGAGAUCCAGUCCUGGUGUCCGAUAGAAGCGUUUGCCGCUGUUAGCGAGCCACCACUGGCAGAGGCCAUCAAUUUUACUGUUUAUAUAAAGAACACCAUACACUUUCCAAAAUUCAAAGUGUUAAGAGGAAACACCAGACCAAGAAAAAAGGUGAAAUACAUGCCCCGAUGUCAUUACAAUGAGGAGACCCAUCCCUAUUGUCCAGUGUUUCGGCUGGGCUACAUCGCAGAACAAGCCAGGGAGGAAUUCAGUGAACUGUGCAGAACUGGUGGAGUCAUCGGAGCCUUCAUUAACUGGAAAUGUAAUUUUGACACCGACCCCUUAGCAUGUGCACCUACUUAUUCAUUCAGGAGACUGGAUGUGAGGAAGAACACACCCUUUUCUGGAUACAAUUACAAAUUUGCCAAGUAUUACAGCAGGAACGGUGAGGAGUUCAGAACACUCAUCACAGCCUAUGGAAUGCGACUGGACAUCAUUGUCCAUGGGCAUGCUGGAAAGUUCAACAUUGUCCCAACCAUCAUCAACGCAGUAACAGCUUUGACAUCAGUUGGAAUUUGCUCCAUCAUCUGCGAUUGGAUAAUGUUGACCUUCAUCGAUAAGAAUGAAGUUUACAGCGAGAGGAAAUUUGACAAUUCUUCAAAUAAACCGGUGGACCACAUGGUUGUUACAGACCUGACCCUCACAAGCUACGGCUCCAUGGACUCGGACCUGUCUGAAGGAGUACCACUCUGAUGAUCAUCCACCGACUCCCUCAGCCCUCACCUGGAAACUCACAUACGUACUUAGGAUUACAUUAGACUUAGCUGAUGCUGUUAUCCAAAGCGCCUUACAGAUAUUUUUUUAAGUACAGGGUAUUGGUUACAGUCCCUGGAGAGGUGAGGUCAGCCUUGGAGUGUGGUGGGGAGUGGAAGGGAAGGGUGGUAUUGACACUUAAUAGGUCAGUGGUGGGAUUUGAACCUGCAAGCUUAUGAUCUAAAGCCCAUCUCCGUAACCACUUCAGUGUAAAGUCGUGGACUCGAGUAAGAUGACUUGGAGUCACAAAUUUGAUGACUGCAGACUUGACUUGGCAACAUUGGGAAUGACUUGCAACUGGACUUGAAUGCCACUU